AUGAAGAAGCUCAAGAUCUGGCCCAGAAAGAAGAGAAAGAGAAAGGCACACCACCCUCUUCCUUACUAUCUUCCCCCUCCUCCUUCGAGACCACCGCCGCCACCACCUCCGCUGCAAGCACCAAUUCUACAUUGGUGCUGCUCUUGCUCGAAAGCCGAGCCCUCUGCUCCGCCAUUGCCGUCCUCGUGGUACUGCGACUCCCCCGGUGAGGCCCAUGAGAGUGUUUUGGCAGCAGGGGUCGUCGAAUAUCCAUCAUCGGCUGCCGAUGCCGGUGAUGAUGAUGGUGAAGAUUUGGAGAGCAGUAGUUCAUCGUACCAGCAAUACAUGGUGCCGAGUCCAGUGUAUGGGAUUCCAGUUCCAGUGCUAGUUUCCCAAAGAGAGAGAUCUGGUGGAGUCUUCAGUUGUGUCAUCAACUUUGGUAGGCACCUUUUUGGUUGUUUCUUUCCAUGUUAUCGCAUUUAG